AUGAACUCCAAGACCGCUUUAAUUUUAGCUGCUGCCGCUGCCACUGCUUCUGCUGUUACUCCAACUCAAGAAAAACAAUUAGACAUCAUCUUUGCUGAUGUUGGUGCUAACUUAAACCAAUACAUUGGUUUAGUCUCUGAUCCAUCUUCUGGUAUCACUUUCAACAACUUACCAGCUGGUUUAAUGGAUAUUGGUGAAAAGGUCGCCCUUAACCCAUCUGACACUUCUUACACCUCUGACUACGACAAGGUCAACAUGGCCGGUGUUUCCGCCUUCGUUACAAAAUUAUCUUGGUAUUCUAGCAGAUUAGCUCCAAAGUUAGAUGCUGCUGGUGUCCCAAUCGGUGGUGAAACAACCACUACCUCUACUUCUUCUACUGCUAAGACCACCUCUACUACCGCUGCCACUACCUCUACUUCUUCCUCUUCUUCUGAAGCCAAGACCACAUCUACUUCUGCUGCUGCUUCCUCUUCUUCUUCUUCUGAAGCCAAGACUACCUCUACUUCUGCUGCUACUUCUUCUUCUGCUCACAAGACCACUGCUACUACUGCCAAAGCCACCACUCAAGCUAUUUCUCAAAUCGGUGAUGGUCAAAUCCAAGCUACCGCUGUUGUCUCUCAACAAACUGCCAAUGGUGCUGCUAAGGCUGUUGCUGGUUUAGGUGCUGGUGCCUUUGCCGCUGCUGCUUUAUUAUUAUGA